GUGCAUUUUAUCGUCAUCUCUGCUUUGAAUUCUACUUCUACCCGUACUUCCUACAUCUCAUACAUUACAGGGCAAAAUCAACGAGAGUCAAGCGUCCGUCCGAGCCGGCCAUCCUGUCCACAUCUACUUCUUGAACAUCGCAACCCCCAUCUCAUAACCCUAAAAUCGUACAUUGAACUACACACACGCUCCUAGCGAUGUCCACUCCUGAAGCCGGGGACCAACCAAAUUCAUCACUUUCCGCUCUUACAUCUUCUAUCGACAACACCUCCUCCCCAGUCGACUUUCUCAACUCCCUCCUGGCACCUCUUCUUCCACCAUCUCUCCCACCCCCUAACAAGCCCCAACCACCUUCUUUGCAGCCCAUCGACACCGCCCUGAAUGACCUCCUUACCCAACUGUCGCUCCUGUCGCAAGAUACUGCGUCAGCGAUCGAGCAAGGGAUGAGCGAUGUAAGCAGAACUGUCCCCAGGCUAGGCUACGACCUCCAAUUUAUGCGGGAGAGCGCCAAUGGAUUGUCUGUCAGUUUGGGGAUGGUACAAGGCCGGGUUGCGAGACAGGCGGAUUAUGAGAUGCCGAACAACAAGUUCCCAGGUGGUGAAGAGAGUGAAGCUGUAAAAGCUUUCCGUGCGCUGGAAAAGAUCACUCAUCUGGACAAGCUCAAAACAAGGCUCGAAUCUGCGCGGGACACCUUGCGCGAAGCCGAAUCAUGGUCUACACUUGAGUCGGAGAUCACCACUCUCAUCAGUGAGAAGGAAUAUGCAAAGGCCGGGCAGCGACUGGCCGAGGCAAGUCGGUCAAUGGUAGUGUUUAAGAAUGAGCCUGCAGAAUGGGAAGAGAGAAAGAGAUUGUUGGUUUCACUGGGAGAUGAGCUUGAGCGGGUUGCAGGAGAAGCGUUGAGGGAGAGCUUGAAAAAGGACGAUGGUGUGGACGAAGUGCGAGCUUUCUGGGAGGUAUUCAUGGAUAUGGAAAGGGAAGAAGAGUUCAAGGGGUGGUAUUUCAAGGAAAGAGGAAGGGGGUUACUUGAGGCAUGGAAGGAACCAUUGGUGGAAGAAGGACAGGGCGAAAAUUCAUCAAAGCUAUCCGACUUUCUCCCCAAGUUUUACUCCCUUGUACUUCAAACCCUUUCAGCCGAGCUAUCCUAUAUACCCCUCGUCUUCCUUCCAGAAUCAUCACCCUCGAUUUUGGCGUCAUUUUUCCAGUCCACACUCGACUCCCUCGAUCCGACGUUCUCAAACCGCCUCGCCGCCGUUGCGGACUAUCACGGCCCUGGUGCCCUUCCUGAACUCGUCAAGGCAUGGGAAGCGACUGUUGAUUUGGGAGCGGGGGUACAAGGAUUGAUUGACAAGAUCAUAUUCAACACUCAAGGAGGCUUGCUCAGCGGUGGUGCCGGCGAAAUCGAUGUUGAAUCACCCGCCACCAUCUUAACCUCCCCUGGCAUCUCAUCAUCUUCACCCAACCAUCCCAUUCCUCGCACAAACUCCCACUCCCAUUCUAAACGGCAUCAGUCCAUCUCUCGCAGAUUCUCCCGCGCACCUAACGCUACCACUACCUCUCUUUCCCCUUCCCCCGGGAACGUCGAUGACGCUUGGGAGACGACCCUGUAUGAACCAUUCUUGGACUGGCAGUCGUCCUACUCUUCUUUGGAGAAGAGGUGUUUGGAGAAGGAGGUGGCGGACUUGAAGACAUCAUGGGAGAAGGCAAACAUGAAGCAAGGUGGGAAGGAUGUAAUGAGCGGGAUGAUAUCACGUACGGCCGAACUCAAGGGUAGGCUUGAGGAAGCAGUAGCGCGCUGCAGGAUAUUCACUUUUGGCUUUGGGGCAGUCCAUCUUAUCCGUGCUGUGGAUACUUGCAUCUCCAGAUUUUUCGACGAUGAGCGGACCUCCAUCCUCAACAACGCCAAGUCUAAGAGGGAUAAUAACAAGCAGAAGGAUAAGGCGGAUGAGCUCGAUUUGGAUGAGUUGGAUGACGAUGGUGGGGAUUGGAGUGGGUGGCAAGUAGGUCUGCACAUCCUUGAUUCACUCCAAAAGGUGGCAGAGAAGCUUGUGGCUAUGGAAGAUGGGUUGAAAGCCGAGUUGAGUGAGUACGCCAAGAUGCUGAAAGCCCAAAAGGGGGAGAAAUGGGAUGGCCAAUGGGACGGAAGAAAAGCAACGUUUGGCACUGUGUCUCUUUUGCAGCAGUCCACGCUCAACACCGCCGAUUUACAUGCUCUCAUUGCCUCCGCGCCAUCACCCAUCUUGCCUCAAUCUAAAUCCUCUCUCCUCACAUUCAUCCGUGAAUCCCAAAUCCAUCUCCAACAGACUAUCCUUUCUCCCCUUCUCACCCAGCUCGACACGUACCCUUCUCUCGCGGUCUGGAUCAAGGCAGAUAAACAGACAAAAAUCAGAAAGGGAGAACUGUACGUACCGCAGUUUAGUUUGAGUCCGACGGAUGUGAUCACGAGGACGUCGGAAGGGCUGUUGGAUCUGUUGAGGGUGUUUGAAGUGUAUGGCGGGGAAAAGGCGUUGGGGUGGAGUUUGGGGAGUUUGCCGUUCGUCGAAGGGAUGGGACAUGCUGUCGCUCUUGAUUGCCUUUCCUCUUCCAGAAAGGAUACGAAUAAGGAACCUUCAACCUCGAUAUCCGACCCAACGACAACAGCAACAUCGACCUCAGUAUCACUCGCACCCAUCCCUUCCUCUACCCCCGCGCCUACACCAGAAACGAUCCAAACCACCUGGAUAUCAUCUCUCACCCUCUCCCUCCUAUCACACUUUACCUCGUACACCCUACCUUCCAUCCAGCACCUUUCUCAGGAAGGACAAGCACAACUGAAAGAGGAUUUGGGAUAUUUGGAGAAUGCGGUGAGGGCACUAGACGUGGAGUGGAGUGAGCUGGGUGAGUGGGCGAGGGCGGUGGAGAUGGAGGAAGAGGAAUGGAGGGAGAAUGUGAAGCGGGAAGGAAGGGAAGGGGCUUUGGCCGCUGUGGGGAGGAUGAGGGGAUGGAAGUUCUGAAGGGCUUAUUUUCUGAGUCCAUCAGCGUCUUUAAUUCAUUUCUUUCUUGCCAUACAAUCAUUUUGGAUCUUAUCAGGGACUAUAAAACGUCUUCAUUAUGCAUAAUUUAAAUUACC